UUUUUUUUUGCUUUAGAAAUAAAAAUAUGUUUGUAAAACUUUAAAACGUCUACAGACUGUUUAGAGAAGCAGGAUUACUUCACUGAGCCUCCAGACCCGAGGCCUGCUUUUUGGUUGGACUAUUUCCACUUAAAUCCGCAGAAAAUCCAGCGUUCAAAGAGCCCCUUUUUCUUCACGCAGGAGUCUGUAAACAGAGCAGCAGCUGGUUCCCCUCAGAAACUCCUCCCUGGGUCACAUGUAAGGCAGGGGAAAGGUUCAGGGUAUAUAUACAAUGUGCCAUCGGAUCAUGAUAGUGCUCAUUUAUUAAGAACAAGCGGGGCUCCUUGUGAGUGGAUGUUUUCACUUCCUGCCCAUAGACUGGUUCAGCACUCAGCUGCUGCACGAUGGCGGACUGGGACUACGAUUAUCUGAUCAAGCUGCUGGCGCUGGGGGACUCGGGCGUGGGAAAGACCACCUUCCUCUACAGGUACACCGACAGCAAGUUCAACCGCAGGUUCACAACCACGGUGGGCAUCGACUUCAGGGAAAAGAGAGUGGUUUAUACAGGGACAGGUGUAGAUGGGACAGCUGAGAAGAACUUCAGAAUCCACCUUCAGCUCUGGGACACAGCAGGACAAGAAAGGUUCCGCAGCCUCACCACAGCUUUCUUCCGAGAUGCCAUGGGCUUCCUGUUAAUGUUUGACUUGACCAAUCAGCAAAGUUUCCUCAACGUCAGGAACUGGAUGAGUCAGCUGCAGGCUAACGCGUACUGUGACAGCCCAGAUGUGGUGCUGGUGGGCACCAAGGCGGACUUCACAGACAAGAGGAAUGUUCACGCCAGACAGGCCAGAGAUCUGGCAGACAGAUACGGCAUCCCCUACUUUGAGACGAGUGCGGUGACAGGUGUCGACGUGGACCUGGCGGUGACCACCCUGCUGGAUUUGGUGAUGAAGAGGAUGGAGCAGAGCGCAUACGGGGGCCACGGCUCCGAACCCAACGGCAGCCCCGUCUCCAGCCACGAAGUGGAGGAGGCCCCUGUGAGGAGGAGGUGCGCCUGCUAAUGUUAGCGCCACCGGCUCAUCUUUUCUCUUUUGCCCCAUUUAUCACUGCAUAUUGAGAUCCCACUGUUUUCUGGAGCUCUACAACAGUACCUCCUAGAUGAGACAUUUUGAGAUCCUAAAACCAAGCAAAAUAUGACACAUACAUGAGCGGAGAAGAGCUCGGGAAAUCUGAUUAUUUUCAUUAUAAAUUAUAUUGUUGUAAUGUUAUUUAUUCACACACUGUGUAUCGUCAUGUAAUAAACAAGAGCAGAUAUACCGGAUAAAAGAAAACUGCAAAAUGAAAUAACUGGAUGUCCACUUUUAAAAAAGUACAGUAGGGUGCACGUCUUAAGCCACCCCUCAUUCCUUUAGAUUUUAUUUUGAAAGAGCCACACUUAAUCAGUAGUUCUCUAUGUUUCUGAAGGCCUUUCAGUGUUCGCAAAAACACAUUAUUUGUUCCCAUUUCUUUAGUUGAAUCUAUAAAUAUGCCAAAAAUAACAGUUUGAAAGACAUAAUAUAGCAUUUUUGCGCUAACAAGGUAAUUCCCAAAGAGCUAUUUGCCAAAAGCUUGGCAUAUUUUGAAGUCCAUCAGUGAGUGUCUACAGCCAUCUGUAAAGCACAGUGUCAUAGUUUGGGGUGCAUUUCAGCCAGUGGUGUUGGGGAUCUUGUCAAAGUUCAUAAAUUAUGAAUCCAGAUUUGGAUCCACUGUGCAAUAUAAGCAUCUGAAUGACAACAGCUUUAUUUCUCAGCAUGACAGUGAUCCCAAACACCCUGCCAACACAGUAAAAGUAUACUUGGAAUGAAAACCACACCGCAGAACACAACCAGUCAACAUUAGUGAAGAAGUGAGAUCUUCAGACAGAGAACGCAACAAAAAGGAUAUUUAAAGCAGAGCUUUGAAUGUACUUCAGGAAGCCUGGAGAAUUAUUCCUAUGUGGUCUGUCUUAUUUAAAAGGCUGGCAUCUUCGGUCUGCUCUUGUGUUUCUUAUUGAAGCGUGUGGUGCCACUGUCUGAAGACCUUCAGAGAGCUUCAGUAAAAGUUCUACAGAUACCUGUGGAUGCUUUUGAAAGAAUCAUUCCCCUUUAAAGUAAGUCAUCUACAAGUGGCAUAUAUAGCCUUCAAACCUCAGUCACAGUAUAUGCAGAUAACUGCUGGUGUCAGGGUGCACGUGUCUAAAGUUAGAAAGGGAUUGGACACAUUUACCCUCCAUGAGAGGCAUUUCAGUAAAGAUCCUCUGCUGUCCAAACAGGCUCAAAAUACCCAUAAAGACAAAGACCAGGCCCUUUGGAAUAAUGUGCUCUGGGCAUACAAAUCUAAGAAAGAGUAGACCAAAGGCUGCUUUCUAAGCAUACAGCAUGGGGUUGGAAAUUUUCUGGUCAGGGGAUGCUUUGCUGCUUCAGGGACCAAGAGGUUCUAUCAGGAAUGCUCAGAUAAUGUGAGGCUAAAAGUGGAAGUUAAACUGGAAGGAUAAUGAUCCUAAGCCACAGACUGUACCUAAAAGAUGGACAUAGCCUCUGGCUCUGUAAGCCAAUGCAGAAGUACCUGCAAUCCUUCCAGCCAGCCAGCAGGCGGUGACUCCCAUAGUUGAAGAAGACUUCCAGUGGCAUAUCGAGAAAAAAGCUCGGCUCUCAAGUAAACAUUUUCCUGAUGAAUUUAUGUGCCCAUGUUGUACUUUCCAUUUACAUUAAACACGUCACUUUGUGUUAGAUUUUUGAUUCACAGAUUGUUAGUGGAUGAGCUUUGUAUCCUUUUGCAGUCAGAUCCAGCCCUGGGCUUCUAAGGGCUGCUUUUAAAAAGGUGUGAUGGCAGUGGCAAAAACAUUGUGUGAGGCUUCACAACAAACCACUUAUAUACAAUUUAUGUAUCCUAAGCACACAGCAAAACAAUGAUGGUGUGAGAGAGACAGUACACACAAGAAAAUCCUCAAGCAUCUUGGAACUGGAGGAAUCUUGCAUGAAGAGUAGUUAAAAAAAAAAUAAGAAACUGAAGCUGGUGAAGAUGUUUUUUGGGUUUUUGUUUUUUUCUGGGGGAAAUCUACUUUUGUCCACAAGAAAGUUCAGAUUGCUUUUGCUUAAUUAAUAAAUAUCUGUAUAUAUGUAAAGUAUAAAAUGUAUCAAAUGUUUGGUUGUUCAAAUAUGUUGAAAAAGCCAGAAAUGACCUUUUACAUGCCUGUAGUUACUGUUAGUUUACUUAAAAAAAAAAUUAAUCUCCAUACAGGUCAUACCAGAGAAAAAUACUGUUUUAUUUGACACAUUGAGGCAUUGAUGGAAGGAUAUGCAGGCACAUAAUGUAUAUUUAUCAUGGAGCAUAAUCAAAAAACAUUUCCUGUAGGAAGUGGUUUGUUACAUGGAUGAUUGCUGCUGACAGAGCAACCGAGACAGUACAGUCCCUCGCAUGAUUUAUGACUUUUAUACAACGUGUACAUAAGCAGCCAAGCCCUUUUAUGCAUAAUGGAGCAAAAUCGCCAUGCAGAUCGAACACAAGAACAAUAAUGUUAAAGGGUUGUUGUUAAAAAAUGAAUCCUGUG